GAGGCGCUAAAUAUAGUUUUCCGCACCUGCCGCGACCGAUCGGGCGUGCAUGGCGCACGCGUGGCUAUAGCGCCUCCAGCCGCAUGGGGGCGACUGGGCGAGGGUAAGCGCCCCAGGUUCCAGCCGGCAGGGCGACGCGGACGGAGCGAGAGCACGCGGGCAUCUGCCACGCCGCCCCGACGCCCAGGUGGCGACGGGCAAGCGCCAGAGCUCGCAUGUCGCCCGACGUACAUGGCCACCCCGCGAGUCUAGCAAUCCGCAUCGAUCACGUUCCAUGGAGCAGAGCCCACACGCAUGCGUCCCGGACCUGUCGUCACGCUUGUCUGAAUCUUUUGUUUUUUCGCUUCCAAUGGAAAUUGUGCUUCUAUUGUGCUAUGGAACGUGAUCGAUGCAGAUUUCCGCGGUUGUGGCAUGUGGUGUAUGUCCGUACGUACAGCCGGCCAGGCGAUGAUCUGUUGAGGCGUUGUCUGAUAUGAGUUGCCAAUUUGGAUGCUGGGUGCGUUAUAGUAUUUUGUUUCCAAGAGUAUGCUAACCGCGUACUAUAGGGUCAUAGAACGCGAUCAAAUUUGGACCGGUCACCGUGCAGCUACCCGAUUCUCCUGUAUACAGCUGUUAGAUUUGGCCCUUCUCUCGCGUCGUCUUCCUCCCUCCAUCGCUUCCGAGAGGAGUAAAUUGCAAGAAACCAUCAGUUUGAAGGCUUGAUUUGCAGAAAACACUACGUUACAUUUUUUUGACAGAAAGCGCCGCAUCUUGUGUAAUCUUGUUGCAAAUAACAUCGAUUAGCGGAUUAGAGCGCUUUAAGUAUGUUUACGACAUGUGGGUCCAGAUUUUGCCGACGUGGCAUAACGACUCGGCUGAGACGGCGUUAGAUGGUGCAUUUGUCUAGAUUUACAAACAAGUCCCUGUAAUUUGAAAAGAACCCUUAGAUGAAAACCAAAAAAGCAAUCAGCUCUCUGGAGCCUACCCAAGCACGCGAGCAGAACCCCAGAGCCGCCAGAUCCAGCGAGAAGCCAAGCCAAAGCAGAGCUCCGACGGCGUGGCCAUGGAUCCCCUGGCCGUGCUCCGGGACUACGCCGCCCGCGGCGACCUGGACAAGAUCAUCUUCAACGGCGACGACUACACUUUCCCGGCCAACCUCCCCACCGCCUUCGCCUCCAAGCAGUCCGGCCGCCCCUACCCGCUCUCCGCCGCCAUCUUCCUCGCCCAGCACAACGACCUCAAGCACACCGAGUUCCUCCAGGCCGCCCGCCUCCGCCGGAUCCCGCCCGUCUCCCUCCCGGACCGCAAGACCAUCCUCGAGGUGAGGGACAAGCCGGCCUCGCUCAAGGCGGACGACUGGGCGCGGGUGGUGGCCGUGUUUGUGCUCGGAAAGGAGAGGCAGUUCAAGGCGGCCAACAAUUUUUCUUUCGAACCUGAUGUGGUAGCGUGGCCGCGACGGCAAGGCGGCGGCGUCCUUGGCGCUCGUCCAUUGCGGCGGCGUCCACGACGCUGGUCCAUGGCAGCGGCGUACACGGUCGAUCUAGGAAACAGGGAGGAGUAGAGGGAGGGCUGGGCUCGUCGUCGACGCCGGCGGUCACGGCGCAGUCCGGCCGUGUGGUGGCGGUUAGGAUCGGCCGUGGGUGGCGGCACACCUGCGUCCACCAUGAGAAAGGGGAUCGAGGAGGAAUUUCCGGUGAGAAACAAGGAUGAAUCGAAGAAUCCAGCUGGCGGGUGGGCCCCUGUCGACUAUGAUGCCGUCUCGGCCGAGUCGUUAUGCCACGCCGGCAAAAUCUGGACCCACCUGUCAUAAACAUACUUAAAGCGCUCUAAUCCGCCAAUCAGUGUUAUUUGCAACAAGAUUACACAAGAUGCGGUACUUUCUGUCAAAAAAUGUAACGUAGUGCUUUCUGCAAAUCAAGCCUUCAAACUGGUGGUUUCCUGCAAUUUACUCCUCCCGGGAGAGAAAGA